AUGCUUCAACCUCUCCGUGGAUUCCGAAAACACAAAACUCACAUCAAACAGGUUGCUUCACUUCUCUUUCAGCUUUCUUCUUUUCCAAUAAGAGUUCAAGAGUUUCAGCAACAUACUACAAAAGCAACAUAUAUUAGCCAAGAUUUAUCUUCAGCUAUUUUCUCUGGUGUUGAAAAAUCUGUAAAUUCUGGUUCUUUAAGCUUGUUGAGUAAUAAAGGUAAGAUUUUGCAUAACCCCUUUAUUAAAGAUUGCCUUUUUAGGCUAUCUGAGAUCUCCCCUGCAACUGCUCGUAGGUUUUGGAGAGUUACUGUGUUGAAUCCUCAUGAUGUUCUUGAAAUUUUACUGGGUUUUCAAAAUGAUAGUGGAAAUUUUGAGGUUGAGGUUAAAAAGAUUGAAUCAUUAUGGGGAAUUUAUUGGUGGACUAGUGAGCAAAGUAGUAAUUUUAAGCAUCUCCCUAAGGCCUCUGAGAUCAUUGCCUCAAUGCUUGUCCGUGCCGGGUUGUUUAAGGAAGUUGAGUGCUUGGUUUCAUUGUUGGAUAGCCAAGGAACUUUCUUGGAUAAUCAUGAGAUUUACAGUAAUCUAAUUGAAGUGUUUGUGUGUGAUCAUCGAUUAGAGAAAGCUAUUACAUGUUAUGAUCGAAUGAGGAUGCAUGGUUUAUCCCCAUCAAUGUCAUGUUAUCGAGUUCUCCUCGAUUUCUUGAUUCAAAUAAAUGAAACACAAUUGGCAUUUCAAAUUUAUACUGAUGCUGUAGACAUUGGCUUAGGAAGGAGUGUAUCUGAAGGGGGCAUUUAUGAGGGUGUUAUUAGACUUUUAUGUGCCGCUGCAAAAGUUCAGGAUGCCAGGAAUCUGGUUAAGAAGGCCCUGGAUUUUGGAAUUGAACCUAAUCAUCUAGUCCUCAAUUCUGUUGCUUCUGGUUAUUGUGGUAAAAGAGAUUAUGAUGAUCUGCUGAGUUUCUUUGUCGACAUUAGUUGCAAACCUGAUGCAACUGUGGUCAAUAAGCUCAUACAUUCUGUAUGUGGACAAUUUGGUUUUGUGAGUGGGAACUCAUAUGUGCUGAAGUUAGAUCAAUUGGGUUUUUCUAUGAAUGAAAUAACAUUUGGGAUUUUGAUUGGAUGGGCUUGUCGUGAAGGAAAACUGAAGGAUGCCUUCUUUUAUCUCUCAGAGAUCCUUUCAAUAAAUCUAAAGCCUCAUAUAUAUUCCUAUGAUGCUAUUCUCAGUGGGCUUUUCAAGGAGGGUAUGUGGAAGCACUACCGAGAUAUUCUUCUAGAAAUGGAUGAUCAGGAGGUGGAGCCCCAAUUAUCUACUUUCAGGGUUCUUUUAGCUGGGUUUUGUAAAGCUAGGCAAUUUGAUGAAGUGAACAUAGUGGUUUCAAAGAUGGUAGAUCGUGGCUUGUACCAACUAUCACCUACAGAAGAUCCACUUUCCGGAGCAUUUAGAUUCUUAGGACUCAACUCUUCUGCUGUGAAAAUCAGAAGAGACAAUGAUACAAGAUUUCAUAAAGCAGAAUUCUUUGAUAAUCUAGGCAAUGGGCUUUAUCUGGAUACGGAUCUGGAACAGUAUGAGAGAGCUAUUGAUAAAGUCCUUAACGAUGCCAUGCUUCCUGAUUUUAACUCCUUUGUAUGGGAUGAUUACAUGAAAAAAGACAUGAAAGAUGCUGUGAUGAUGGUGGAUCAAAUAACUCGUUGGGGCCAAGAAAUAUCCUUAGGUGCUCUGGAUGCCCUAGUGAAAGGGCUGUGUGCAUCUAACAUUUGUAUUAAGACCAUUUCUGAUCUGUUGGAGAAAGCUCCAAAUUUGACAUGUAAGCUUGAUCGAGAAAUUUUGAAUAAGCUUGUUCAGAAAUACAGCAAAAAAGGAUAUUUGCACAGGGCAAGAGCGAUUUUGCAUGGCAUGCUAGGAAGACAUAUAAGACUUGAUAGUGAAACUCAUACUGCUCUGCUGACGGGCUUAUGCAAGAAAGGUGAUAUGAGAGGUCUAACCGCUUACUGGAACCUCGCACAAAAUAAUAACUGGUUACCUGAUUUGGAGGGUGGGAAAGAACUCUUCGGUCGCCUAUGCAGGCGAAGACGGCUUAAUGAAUCACUAGAGCUUUUUAAAACCUUACUGUCGCUCUACCCUAAUGAAGUAAGUGAUGCUUUUCAUGUGUUCCUUGAAAAGCUCAGUGCUGAAGGUUUCUCAAGCACUGCUAAGGUUCUGGCAAAGGAAAUCCUGAGCCAGGGAAGUAUUUUGAGUCACUCGGCUCAUAGCCAUCUUAUUCUACAGUUCUGUAAAUGGAGAAGUUUUUGUGAAGCUGCUGUCCUUUGUGAUAGCAUGCUUGCUAAGGACUGGAUCCCGCCCUUGGACGCAUCUGUGCAAUUAAUUCCUCAGCUGUGUAGGUCUGCUAAUUCUGACAAAGCUGUUGCGCUGAAAGAUAUUUGUUUAAGAGACCAGCCUUCUGCUGUGCUUCCUUUACACGGUGCUUUAAUUCAUGGGUUUUUCAAGUCCGGGAGGAUAAGAGAAGCAAUCAGUCUCUUCCAAGAGACAUUGGCAAAGGAUCUAUUUCUGAGUGUGGAAAUUUAUGAUGUUCUGUUUCAAGGCUACUGUCAAGCUAAAAAGAGGAAGAAAGUCGAGGAGCUGCUUGGCGUCGUGAUAAGGAAGAACUUAGGUAUCAGUGUCGCAAGUUACCGCAAUAUAGUGCGGCUGAUGUGUACAGAAGGCAAGGUAUCUACAGCAUUAUGCCUGAAAGAACAUAUGCUUAAACAAAGCAACCCUCCUACUGCCGUGAUUUAUAAUAUUUUGAUUUAUUCCCUUUUCUCAGUUAACGAAACAUCAGUUGUUAAUACUCUUGUAUAUGAGCUCCUAGGUAUAGGACUGCAACUAGAUGAGGUGACUUACAAUUAUCUCGUUCAGGGGCUCUGUUGGUGUAAAGAUUUGUCAUCUGCCACACAAUAUCUAAAAACUAUGAUGGAGAAAGAUCUGAGGCCAAGUAACCGUAGUUUGAGAGAGGUGAUAAAAUGCCUUUGUUGUUAUGGGGAGCUUGAAGAAGCUUUAAGCUUGAGCAAGGAAAUGGAGUUUAAAGGUCGGAAUCAUGGUUCAGUCAUUCAAAUUAAUAUAGUGGAGACCCUUCUUUCUCAAGGUAAGCUAAGGGAAGCCAUAAACUUUUUGGACCGGAUGGCAAUAAAAGGCCUCAUUCCUGAAAAUAUUGAUUAUAAUUAUCUGAUUAAGCGACUUUGUCAGCACGGAAGGGUAGAUAAAUCAGUAGAUCUUAUGGACAUUAUGUUGAGAAAAGGGAAUGUGCCAGAGUCUAGCAGUUUUGAUUACGUGAUUCAGAAUUUCUGUACUUGGCGUAAACUGGAUGUAGCGCUGAAUUUCCAUGCAGAGAUGUUAUGUAGAAAUCAAAGGCCUAGCAUAAACACUUGGAGCAUUCUAAUCAAGAGCUUAAGUGAAGGAGGACAAGUUGAAGAGGCAGGAAAACAACUUGAUUCAAUGAUUCAGCUUGGUGAAAUCCCGAGCAGGGAAACGUAUUCAUUGCUGAUCAACAUGUAUCGCUCCCAGAAUAAUCUUAACAAGGCAUCUGAGCUCCUACGUUCCAUGCAACGAUGUGGAUAUGAACCUGAUUUUGAAACUCACUGGUCUCUGAUAAACAAUUUGCGUGAUUCAAGUGAUAAUAUAAAUAAUGGCAAGCAGAAUGGGGGAUUUUUGUCCAGAUUUCUUUCAGAAGUUGGAUUUGCUAGGAAGAAUAAAGGGGGAUGA